UGACACACACACACACACACACCAACUGAGAGGGGCUGAGCGAGGAGUAUAAAAGGGGGCAUCCUUCCCACUCACCAGAGAAGUGCUCUGUUCUUGCACACUUCUUGAAUACGGCAAGCCUGUUUUCUCAAGAUGACUGUCGGACUGUGUGUGUGCGCUGUGCUGGCGGUCCUGUGUUCGAGCUGCUUCGGGCUGCCCUUCUCCCCAAAGCCCGCAGACGAGGACCAGCGCUACUUCUCAGUUCCCUCUGAAGGCGUCUUCGAGGCUGACGCCCCCACCCUGGGGGAGACCCACCUCCGACACAGCCGCUCGAGCCCCCAGCUGAAGCCUUUCUCUCAGACUGAGGAGGACGCAGAUUCCCGCGCGAACCUCAGCGAACUGCUGGCAAGGCUCAUCUCCUCCAGGAAAGGUUCUGUGCGUAGAAACUCCAUGGCCCAGAAAAAAGGUGGUCUGGACACCAAGCAUCGGAUAGCGGACAGGGACUAUAUUGGAUGGAUGGAUUUUGGCCGGCGCAGUGCAGAAGAGUUUGAGUACGCCUCAUAAGAGGAAGCAGCUUCUCCUCCAUGGAAAGGGGGGAAAAGAAAGAAACACACCAAGCUGGCUCCCCACUGUCACCCAAAAAGAGCCUAUUUAUGACGUAUUUGUUGUACAUUUGUUUGUAAAACUGUAAUAACGCAAUAUUCAUACUGUAUGCCAAAUUUUUUGCAGAGAGCUCUUUCUGUUUGUCUUCUUGUUCAUCUGGUUUCUUUAUCAUUUGGGGUGAAAAGAUUUGGGCCUGUUGAGACUAACUGGGCUGAAUAAAGAUUAUAAAUACUCA